AACGCGCGAAAACAUGCACUCUGUCAACAACGAACGUCGGGUGUGAACGUGUUGUCGCGUAGUCUUGUUUCCGGCUAUUUGUCGCAGUCUGAUUUCCAGUCGUUUCCCUCUUAAAUUAAAUCCAAAAUGUUCGAAGCACGUCUCGUCCAAGGCAGUAUCCUCAAGAAAGUACUCGACGCCAUCAAAGAACUGUUAAAUGAAGCAUCGUGGGACUGUGCCGACUCCGGAAUCCAACUACAGGCCAUGGACAUGAGCCACGUCUCCCUCGUAUCUCUGAAUCUCCGCGCCGAAGGUUUUGACAAAUACAGAUGCGAUCGCAACUUGGUCAUGGGAAUGGAUCUCUCCAGUAUGUCCAAAAUUUUGAAGUGUGCAGCAAACGACGACAUUGUAACAAUCAAGGCCCAGGAUAAUGCAGACACAGUUACUUUCAUCUUCGAAUCUGCAAGCCAAGAAAAGGUGUCCGAUUAUGUAAUGAAAUUAAUGAAUCUGGAUCAAGAACACUUGGGAAUUCCGGAUACUGACUACAAUUGUGUGAUUAAGAUGCCCUCUGGAGAAUUUGCCCGUAUCUGCAGAGAUCUCAGUCAGUUUGGCGACUCCAUAGUUAUAGCCUGCACAAAAGAGGGAGUGAAAUUCUCAGCAGCUGGUGAUAUUGGUACUGCAAACAUUAAGUUGGCACAGACUUCAAGUGUAGACAAUGAGGAGGAAGCAGUUGAAAUUGAGAUGCAGGAACCUGUCACAUUGACAUUUGCUUGCAGAUACCUUAAUCUGUUCACAAAGGCUACUCCAUUAUCUCCAAGGGUUUCUUUGUCUAUGUCCCCUGAUGUGCCUCUUGUAGUGGAAUAUGCUAUUGGAGACAUUGGCCAUAUCCGUUACUUCCUAGCUCCCAAAAUUGAGGAAGAGAAUAAUAGCUAAAUGUCAAUUUAGUUUCAUGUUCUACACUCAAACAGGUUUUGCUUUUAGUAACAGUGUUAAAGAUCAGUUAUCCAGCAUUAACUUCGUAUAUACAAACUUAAUUACACUCCAAUCAUUGUUAUAGUAUUAGUCUCAAAAAGUGAUAUAUUUUACGUCUAGUUUUAUAUUACAACAUUAAACAAAUUUUUUUCUA